AUGGGUGUGCAGGACUUUGUUCCACCCCUGCAGCAAAACACACCAGAUACCCUUCCCCUCCUCCUAGAUGUGAGUUAGUGGUGACUGUACUUUGUCUACACAACGUGCACAUGUUGCACACGGUGACUAUAUGUUGUGGGCUGCUGGCACAUCUAGGAGGAGAGAGGGAGAGAGGCUAUUUGAAGAAUCUGAAUUAUAAAAUAUAUUUUCAUUUAACACUUUUUUUUUUGGGCUACUACAUGAUUCCCUAUGGUAGUGUGUAUAUACAAUUAUUACAACAUUAUCAUUGUGUAGCUUCUUCAUCCUCCUUCCUUCCUCUCUCUCCUUCCAACAGUGCCUGCUCAUAACUCUCCUCAACAUGAACUCUGUCUGUCUGUCUGUCUGUCUGUCUCUGUGUGUGUGUGUGUGUGUCUGUCUGUCUGUCUCCCUGUCUGUCUCCCUGUCUGUCUGUCUGUCUGUCUGUCUGUCUGUCUGUCUGUCUCCCUCUAUCCUAAUAGCAACGUCCCCUGCAGCAGUCCCUGGCUGCCUCUCUGUGUCGUGAGUCUUAUUGGAAGUGCCUCCUCCUCACUCUCCCCAUGUACGGGUGUUUCACCACGCUGGGUUGGUGUGCCGUCUGCCGUAUCCCAGUUCUGGCCUCCGGGGAACACGUUGUUUUCUCGGCUACGUCCUCCGGCACCUUCCCUGACUUACCUCAACUGCACCUCCAGCACGACAGGUUAGUUAGUGUGUGUAUCACAUUGGCCUUAAACCUCUCUCUCUCCCACUACCCUUAACCUCUCCCACUACCCUAAACCUCUCCCACUACCCUUAACCUCUCCCACUACCCUAAACCUCUCCCACUACCCUAAACCUCUCCCACUACCCUAAACCUCUCCCACUACCCUAACCUCUCCCACUACCCUAACCCUACCCUCUCCCACUACCCUACCUCUCCCACUACCCUAAACCUCUCCCCUCCCUCACUACCCUCCACUACCUAACCUCUCCCACUAACCCUUAAACCUCUACCCUACCUCUCCCACUACCACCUCUCCCACUACCCUAACCUCCCCACCUACCCUUAAACCUCUCCCACUAACCCUACCUCUCCCACUACCUCUCCCACUACCCUAAACCUCUCCCACUACCUCUCCCACUACCUCUCCCACUACCCUACUCUCCCACUACCCUACCUCUCCCCACACCUAAACCUCUCCCACUACCCUAACCUCUCCCACUACACCUCUCCCACUACCCUAACCUCUCCCACUACCCUAAACCUCUCCACUACCUCUACCUCUCCCACUACCCCUAUCAAACCUCUCCCACUACCCUUAACCUCUCCCCUACCCUAAACCUCUCCCACUACCCUAAACCUCUCCACUACCCUAACCCUCCCACUACAACCUCUCCCACUACCCUAACCUCUCCCACUACCCUAACCUCUCCCACUACCCUAAACCUCUCCCACUACCCUUAACCUCUCCCACUACCCUUAACCUCUCCCACUACCCUAAACCUCUCCCACUACCUCUCCCACUACCCUAAACCUCUCUCCCACUACCACCUCUCCCACUACCCUUAACCUCUCCCACACCCUAACCUCUCCCACUACCCUUAACCUCUACCCACUAACCCUUACUCCUACCUCUCCCACUACCCUAAACCUCUCCCACUACCCUAACCUCUCCCUACCUUAACCACUCUUACUUCCACUACCCUUAUCUCCUAACCAACCUCCGUCUACCUUACCUCUUCAUACUACCUUAACCUCUCCACACUAACCUUUAAACUCCUCUAACUCCUUAUAAACGUCUCCACUAACCCUUAACAUACGUCAACACUUAACACACAGGACAUCCUUAAUAAUACAUCCUUUCUAGUUUACAUGCCUUAUAAGGUACUUUCAAGUUACCAUUUAUCUUCUAAUUAAGUUCAUACUUUAUUGGUUACGCUUUAAGUGUUAUGCAAUUUAAUCACUUUAAAUGUACAUGCCUUUAAAUAGGUUAACCUUAAAUAGGUUAAUUAAGCACCUUAAAUAGGUUCAUGCACUUUAAUAAGUUACAUGCCUUUAGGUUAUGCCUAUAUUCAUCUUUAAUAGUUAUGCUUUAUAGGUUCAAUGCUUAAUGUUGAAUGCACUUUAAAUAAGGUUACAUGCACUUUAAAUAAGGUUACAUGCACUUUAAAUAAGGUUAAAUGCACUUUAAAUAAGGUUACAUGCACUUUAAAUAAGGUUACAUGCACUUUAAAUAAGGUUACAUGCACUUUAAAUAAGGUUAAAUGCACUUUAAAUAGGUUACCACUUUAAAAAAGUACAUGCAUUUAAUAAGGUUACAUGCAUUUUUAAAAAGGGUUUAAAUGCACUUUAAAUGGGUUUACAUCCUUUAAAUAAGGUUAAAUGCAUUUUAAAAGGUUAAGCAUUUAAAAGGUUAAAUGCACUUUAAAUAAGGUUAAUGCAUUUAAAUAAGUACAUGCCUUUAAAAAAGGGUUUAAAACAUGCACUUUAAAUAAGGUUACUGCCUUAAAAUAAGGUUAAAUGCACUUUAAAUAAGGUUUACAUGCAUUUUUAAAUAAGGUUAAAUGCACUUUAAAUAAGGUUAAAUGCACUUUAAAUAAGGUUACAUGCACUUUAAAUAAGGUUACAUGCCUUUAAAUAGGUUACAUCAUUUUAAAAUAAGGUUACAUGCACUUUAAAUAAGGUUACAUGCACUUUAAAUAUAAUGCAUUAAUAAGGUUCAUCACUUAAUAAGUUAAUGCACUUUAAAUAAGGUUACAUGCACUUUAAAUAAGGUUACAUGCACUUUAAAUAAGGUUACAUGCACUUUAAAUAAGGUUAAAUGCAAAGUUUGACUGUGUUUGUAUCUCCCUCCCUGCCAGCCUGUGUUCCAGUGGCUAUCUGUACAUCCCUAACCCAAGUGUUUAAAUAAAGUUUGACUGUGUUUGUAUGAACAUCACCUUUCUCUCUCUUCUCCUCCUCUCUCCCCCCUCCUCCCCCCCCCCCUCCUCUCUCCCCCCAUCAUCUCCCCCCCCCCCCCUAUCUCCCCCCCAUCCUCUCCCCCCCCCUCCCUCUCUCCUAUCUUCCCCCCCCUCCUCUCUCCUAUCUUUCCCCCCCUCCUCUCUCCCCUCUCUCCCUCCCCCCUCCCUCUCUCUCUCCUCCCCCCCCUCCCCUCCUCCCCUCUCUCCCUCCUCCCCCCCCCUCCCCUCUCUCCCUCCUCCCCCCUCCCCCUCUCUCCCUCCUCCCCCCUCCCCUCUCUCCCUCCUCCCCCUCCUCUCUCUCCCUCCCUCUCCCCUCCCUCUCUCCCUCCCGCUCUCUCCUCCCCCCUCUCUCCCUCUCUCCCCCCCCCUCCUCCCUCUCCCUCCUCCCUCUCCUCUGUCUCUCCCUCCUCUCCCUCCUCUUCUCUCCUCCCCCUCCCCCAUCCUCUCUCUUUCCCCCAUCCUCUCUCUUCCUCCUCUCCCCUCCCCCCCUCCCCCCCUCCCCUCCCCUCCCCCCCCUCCCCCCCCUCCCCUCCCCUCCUCUCCCUCCCCCCUCCCCUCCCCCCCCCCCCUCCCCCCUCUUCUCUCUUCCCCCCCUCCUCCUCCCUCCCCCUCCCCCCUCCCCCCCCCCCUCCCCCCCCCUCCCCCCCUCCCCCCCCCCCCCCCCCCCCCUCCUAACAGCCCAUGUUCCAGUGGUUCUGUGUAUAUCCCUCUAGCCUUCCUAUCUAUGCUGUACAUGGUGUAUCUGGUGGAAUGCUGGUACUGUUACUCCAAGACCGCCAUUUUGGCUCACGCAGAGACGGCAGAGGUAUGCAACUGACUUCUGUUUUGGUUGGGACUCUUAUUGUGAGUCCCUGUCUGUCGUUGUUCUGUCUGUCGUUGUUCUGUCUGUCGCUGUUCUGUCUGUUUGUUCUGUCUGUCGUUGUUCUGUCUGUCGUUGUUCUGUCUGUCGUUGUUCCUCUCCUUUCUGUCUUCUCCCGUUGUUCUGCUCCUUCGUUGUUCCGCCUCCUCGUCGUUCACUCCCUGUCUUUCAUUUGGGCGCUCUAAUGUCCUUUAGCCACUACGCCCCAGUCCUGGUCACUUCUUCGUUGUUCCCGUCGUCUCCGUCCCCAGGCCUCCCAGCUACCCCCCCCCGUUCUGGUGGAAGCCUCUCCUUGCACGCGACCUGCUCGUUGCCUCCCCCCCUUCCCACCUCCAACGCCAGCCAGUUCCACGUGUUCUGGUAAUCGCCUCAGCUUCCUAGCUACCGAGGUGAAUGUGGACAUGCUGACGUUACUCCAAUACCGCCAUUUUGGUCACGCAAACCACAGAUCAGUAUGACUGUCCAUUGGGGGGGACAGUUUUGAUGAAGAACAAGAGAGAGUUGGGUAACUAUCGUGGUGUCCAGUGUAUGAACGGUCACACGCUCCAACAGGCACCCCUGUAUGGUGGAAGUGCCAUUCAGUUAUCACUACGUCAGACGGACCAGACAGGUGACCAGGUAUCGCAACGGAGACGCUUAUACCACUACACAGGUGAGGACACACACACACACACACAGGUGAGGACACACACACACACACAGGUGAGGACACACACACACACACACACAGGUGAGCAUGAAGGAAACUUGAGGCAGGGCCCUAAAAGUAGAGGGCAAAAUGUUACGACAAUAUUGCAACUCAGUUGCAAUUUCAGCUUAACAUUUUUAAGUUGCACUAUAUAGAAAUCAAUCAUUUCCUGGUUGCUAAAACUCUAAUAGUUUACCUAAUUUCAGUUUAUGUGACAAAACAAGCUAGCGUAGUGUAGAGAAUCACUGUACCAUCUAAACUGCUGUGAAAUAUAUUUUCCAUAACCAAAAAUAUUAUAUUUUCAGCUGUUUGAAGCUGGUGUACAAAACCGAAAGUAAAAGACGCAAAAAUUAAACGUAAGAACGGGAAGCAUAGAAAUAGCGCACAUAGAACAGAUCUACAGCUUCUUAGACUUGCUUUCAGGUAGAUGACAGAUCUAUAACGCACAUUUCUAUGUGGAUUUGGUCGGGUUGUCCAAAAUGUUACAUAUUGCCACUAAGUAAAAAAUUCCUUAUUUGUAAAAAGAAAAUGUCCUUAUAGUUACUCUGUAUUAAAAUGCUACAGCAUUACUAUAAAACAAUAAACAAUACAACCCCCCCCACCCACAGGUCUACCAUGAGAGGGUGAACACCCACGCCUCCAGCUCCGAGUUCGACUACGGUCGCCACGGGGUUAAAGAUAUCUCCAAGUUGCUCCAGGGACUUCAAGAGCACCCGGCUGUCAGGCUACGCUUCACCAAGUGUUUCAGGUUCACACACACACACACACACACACACACACACACACACACACACACACACACACACACACACACACACACAUACACACACAUUUGGAAUUCUAGAUGUUCAGUUACAAAGUAUUGUUGAAAAUCCAGAAAGAAAAAUAUUUUACUGUAAAAGCGCUAUAUAUAAAUCGAAUCAGUAAAUUAAUCAAAAUAUUAAUCAAUUGUUCCUCGGUUUCAGUUUCGCCAGCGCCCGUGCGGAGGCUGCAUACCUCACCCAGCGAGCACGCUUCUUCGGAGACAACGAGGGUCUGGACGAUUACAUGGAAGCUCGGGAGGGGAUGCACCUAAAGAACGUCGAUUUCAAGGAGCAUAUUCUGGCGUUCCCAGACCAGACCCGGCAACCGUGGUAUUCCCGACACCGGGUCUUCUGGCUAGCCUCAGCGUUCCUCCUAUCCUGGCCGCUCCGGGUCGUGUCUGAGUACCGCACGGCGUACGUACACUACCACGUGGAGAAGCUCUUCGGAGAGGAGACGAUCCGAGAGGACGGAGGAAGGGAUGGAGUGACGGAAAACGGAGGAAUGACAGGAGAGAGGAGUGUCAGCGGCGGGUCGAGCUACAGAGCGAUAUCGCGGGUGAACACCGUGGACAUGACUGAGCUGGAGUGGCAUAUUCGCUGUAAUCAACAAAUGGUUCCUUCAUAUUCCGAAGCUCUUCUCAUGGACUUGGAGAGAGAGAGUAAUGGAGGAGUUAGUGGAACAGGAGGAACUAACACCACCACCUCCUCCACACCCGGAGCUCCAGGCUCAGACCCCAUCCAGGGGGGCUUCCCAGCCGGCAUGGCCCACCCAGUGGCCUUCUCCACGGCUUACCUCCUCCAGAGCUGUCCCCGGUGCCGGAGAACUAGGUCAAGCUCCAGCCUGCCCGCCAGGCUAAGGGCCCCGACGGGGAAUCAAGCACUGCUGAACGGCACCGCGGCUGGGAUGAGGGCGAACGGCGUAGGGGUUGGGGGAGGAGGAGGUGGGAGGUUAGUGUUGAGUCGUAGUGGGUUCUCUCUAGGGACACGGCCGAGACCGGCGAGUCUAUUUCACUCUCGUAGUAUGGGGGGAGGAGGACGGGGGGAGGACGGAGGAGGGGGAGGGUUUCUGAGGUUAGGGUCCCGGCAGGGUCAGGAUGAUGAGGAGAGUAGAGGAGUGCUGGAAGGAGAGGGGGAUGAAGAAGAGGCUGAGGUGGAGGGAGAGAGGGAUGAGGAAGCAGAACAGGAGGGAGGAGGAGAGGUGGAUGAGGGGAUGAGGGAGGGAGAGAGGGAUAGACCUCCGUCUUAUCACGAUGCCUUUUUCUUCCCAGUGUUAAUCGUACACGGAGAGGAGAGCUGCCACGGUGGAGAUGACGUGAUGGACAGAAUAAUAAACUAA